CAUCUUGGAGCCUGUGGAGGUGUGUGAGUCUCUGGCUCCUGAAGUUUGGGGUCAAAUUACUCGGGCAGGCUCUUUCACGUACCUCGGCGAGGCAGCACUGCGUCUCCGAGGCCCUGCCAGGCAGUGAUUUCUGUGGAUUCCAGUAAGAGGGUGGACGGGAUGGAGGAGAUACGGGACCGAUGGUGCAGGACCACUGAAGCUUAGAGAACGGGUGCUCGGGUUAUCGGAAUUGCUUCCUGGGCUCCAACGGACUGACGUAGGCUUGCUGGGAACAGGACUUCUAAAACGGCAAAUAUGUCUGGAAGGUUGUGGUCCAAAGCCAUUUUUGCUGGCUAUAAAAGGGGUCUUCGGAACCAGAGGGAGCACACAGCUCUUCUUAAAAUUGAAGGCGUUUAUGCCCGAGAUGAAACUGAAUUUUAUUUGGGCAAGAGAUGUGCUUAUGUAUACAAAGCAAAAAACAACACAGUGACUCCUGGUGGCAAACCUAACAAAACCAGAGUAAUCUGGGGAAAGGUAACUCGUGCUCAUGGAAAUAGUGGCAUGGUUCGUGCCAAAUUCCGAAGCAAUCUUCCUGCUAAGGCCAUUGGACACCGAAUCCGUGUGAUGCUGUACCCCUCAAGGAUUUAAACUUUAUUGAAAAAUAAAUAAAUAAAAUCACGGA